AUGCAUCAGUCUGAUGUUAUUUUGACUGCGAGUGACCGAAAACUCAACAAUUAUACUUUAAACGUGAAGGUAAAUUUGAAUUUGGAUUCCAUUCAUCAGUCUGAGGAAACACAAACCUUCCAGAUGCAGGAGUCAUCAGUUAAAACACCUUGUCACCUGUCAGCACCUGCCUCAUCACCCCGGGACACCUGUCACUCCUGUUUGCCCCUUCAGAGGCUGCAGUCAUGUGCUGCCCACAACUUCUGUGCUCACUCAUGUCACAGCAGUGAGUGGAAUAUUUGCGAAGAGCUUCGCCUGCGGGAACUUGAAGAAGUCAAGGCCAGAGCUGCCCAGAUGGAGAAGACCAUGCGGUGGUGGUCAGAUUGUACUGCCAACUGGAGAGAAAAGUGGAGCAAAGUCCGGGCCGAAAGAAACAGCGCCAGGGAGGAAGGCAGACAGCUGAGAAUAAAAUUAGAGAUGACAGUGAAAGAACUGAGUGCACUGAAAAAGAAGCAGAGCUUGCCACAUCAAAAGGAGGUAUUAGAAACUGCCCAGGACCUAAAACAUCCUACUUUCCUAGAAGGACCUUCUGCACAAAAAACCCAGUUUCACAUUGGUUCAAAAACAUGGAAGUCUAUCAAAGAGUGUCUCGUAAAAAGAGAUUUUCCUAUAAAGGAGAACCUGGAUAGUAAGGAAGAAGGUUUGAAUAUUGACCAGUUAAAAUUGAAUGAGGAAAUGAAAGUCAAUCUUAGCUGUGCUGAUUCAUUCAAAAAUGUUGGUUCUGAAAACAGCACACUGAAAUCUUCAUUAAGACUGCAAGCAAUAAAUCUGCCUUUGGAGAAAGAAAUGCCUGAAAUUUUAGCCUUGCAGGUACAUCUGGAUGAGUUCCAGAAAGUUUUAUGGAAAGAAAGAGAAAAGCGCUCAUCUUUGGAAAAAGAAGUAGAACGGCUGGAGUCAGCUUUGUCUGUAUGGAAAUGGAAAUAUGAAGAACCGAAAGAAUCAGAGCCAAAAAAUCUGAAAGAGUUUAACAUUAUUCCUGGUCAACAUGAAAAUGAAAUGAAAAAAAUAGCGGGAGAUAUAAAAGAAGAGUCAAAAUGUCAAUCCAGCAAGGACAGAGUGAUCUACGAGUUAAGAGCUGAGCUAGAGAGAUUGCAAGCUGAAAAUAAUUUGGAGCAGAAGCAGAGGGAAAUACUUGAAACCGAAAAACAAGUACUGGAAAGAGAAAAUAGAAGGCUAAAGGCCCAGGUGAAAGAAAUGGAAGAGCUUCUGGAGAGGAAAAAUGUAUUAAGUGUAAACUCUCCAGGUCCUGACUUCAAGACAUCACAAAUUGAACUGCAAGAAAAAAUCAAGGCAAGUUGGUGGCUGUUUUGGUGGCCUGUCCUUGGCAACAUGGAGAAAGAGCAGGGAAAUGGGAGAGGUCUGCUGCGCCAAGGUCUCUGGCAUGAUGGUGGAGCUCCAAGGCGUGGUCUGAAGUCUGCUGGCGGCGACCCCCGGAAGGAGACGUGCUCAGCAAAAGUCCAUGUGCUGCGGAAAUAGUGGGGGAGGCACAGGAAAAGAAGACAUGGGAUCCCCCAAAUUAACAUUUUAGGUACUCUCCUCCAAGGAUCUGGUGGUUAUUCUCAGUUUUUGUAGCUAAGGGAAUUGUCGUCAUGACCUUUCCUAGUUGCUUUAGCCUUACAUCCUGUUGUUCCUCUCUGUCCGAAUCUAUUUGCACUGAAAUUAAAGUACCUUUCUAUGUUGUUUUAGGGACUUUAUCCAUCAAUUCAGAUUAUUCUUGCAGUAUGUUAGUUAUAUAGCUUAGUUUCCUUAAUGAUGGAGCCUGUUCCAAAUUGUUAUUUUGGAAGUUUUCUGUUAGCAUCUACAGCAAAAUACUUGUUGAUUCCUUCUUUACCGAAGAAUGGCAACAGCUUGCUCUGGGCCUUUAUGUGUUUGUACUGCAAACAUUGCACCAAAUGAUCAAUGUUCACCUCCCCACAGGAAUAGAAUUACUUUUAUUCGUAUACAACCUGAAAAUAAAUCUCCUCUUCAAGU